AGAAAGUAAAGAAAUUAAAAGAAGGCUGUAUAAAAUAAUAAAUAAAAAGUUAGAGGAUUUUAUGUUUUGUAUGUGACUAUCCUGUAAGAUGACAUACAUAUGUUUGUACAUAUAUAUACAUAUAUAGGUACUUACUCACAUCCAUAUAUAUUUGCGUCAUAAGAAAAGUGGAAUCUACGAUCAAACAUCAAACGCCAGUAGUUUGCAGUAGUUGUAAAAGAUGAAACUUGAUCAAGAGAAAGCUUUAAAACACAUUCAGCAAGUAGAAGAAAAAGCAGGGGAGAUUCUUACAGAUAGGCAGGAAAUAAUUGCUUUGGACAAAAGAAGAAAUGAUGAUAGAGUUGGUAUGAGAGCACUACAGAAGGCAGGCAGUAACAAAACUUGGAUAACUGUUGGACCAUUGUUGCUUAAAAUGUCAUCCAAAACUGCAGAAGAAUUACUUGUAAAAGAUCAAAAGGAAUGUGACAUUGAAAUUAAUAAAAUAAGAAGUAAUUUAAAAAUUAAAGUGAAUGAAUUGCGGGAUUUAGAACUUAAUCCACCUGUUCCAGGCUUGAUGUUACAACCCAUGUCUCAUAAAGAGAUGUCAGCAAUAAAGCAAGUCUUAGGUUCUUAAAUGUAUACAAGUACUUUAUUGUUAAAAAAUGCUGCUUCUAAGUCAAUUUAUAUAAAUAUUAAUUAAGUAUUGUAUGAAAUUUGUACAAAUUUAUUAUAAGAAUGUAAAAGCACUAAUGAAACAUAAUAGUAUAAUAAGUGUUUGUACAAUUGUAAUGUUAUGUAUGCUUUAAAAAGAGAUUCCUUUAAAAAUC